AUGGGGAACUGCUUCGGCUCCGAGGAGGCCGAAGCAGAGGCCGUGAGGGCGCCAACACCAGGUCACCAUGGUCGCCCACGCCCUCAAGAGGCAGCUACGGCAACGGCGAGGCCCAUCAUGGCAGCGCCCAGCGCGCUUUCUUCCAUGGGCAGCGCCGGGCAUCUUACGGCGAGGUCAAGCUCGUCCAUGAGCAGCAUCACCACCCGAAGCAGCAGCAGUAGCAGCAGCAACCAGCUGCUGCCCCUGGGCCCCGGCGGGGCGCUCUCCCCGGAGCCGGAGGCGGGGAGGAUCCUGGAGGUCCCCAACCUCCGCAUCUUCACGUUCGCGGAGCUCAGGGCGGCGACCAGGAACUUCAAGCCGGACACCGUCCUCGGCGAGGGCGGGUUCGGGCGGGUGUACAAGGGGUGGGUCGACGAGAGGACGAUGAGCCCCGCGCGCAGCGGCACCGGCAUGGUCAUCGCCGUCAAGAAGCUCAACCCCGAGAGCGUGCAGGGCCUGCAGGAAUGGCAGUCUGAGGUGAACUUUCUCGGGAGGCUGUCGCAUCCCAACCUGGUGAGGCUGAUCGGGUACUGUGUGGAGGACAGGGAGCUGCUGCUCGUGUACGAGUUCAUGGUGAAGGGCAGCUUGGAGAAUCACCUCUUCAGAAAAGGCAGCGCCUACCAACCGAUCUCGUGGAACCUCCGGCUUCGCAUCGCCAUCGGCGCCGCUCGCGGCCUCGCCUUCCUGCACUCGUCGGACCUGCAGAUCAUCUACCGCGACUUCAAGGCCUCCAACAUCCUCCUCGACACGCACUACAACGCCAAGCUCUCGGACUUCGGCCUCGCGAAGAACGGCCCCAGCGCCGGCGAGAGCCACGUCACGACCCGCGUGAUGGGCACCUACGGCUACGCCGCGCCGGAGUACGUCGCCACAGGGCACUUGUACGUGAAGAGCGACGUGUACGGGUUCGGCGUGGUGCUGCUGGAGAUGCUGACGGGGAUGCGGGCGCUGGACACGGGGAGGCCCGCGCCGCAGCACAGCCUGGUGGAGUGGGCCAAGCCGUGCCUGGUGGACCGGCGGAAGCUGGCGCGGCUGGUCGACCCGCGGCUGGAGGGGCAGUACCCGUCCAGGGCCGCGCAGCAGGCCGCCCACCUCACGCUGCGCUGCCUCUCCGGGGACCCCAGGAGCCGCCCCUCCAUGGCCGAGGUCGUCCAGUCUCUCGAGGAGAUCCAGCGGAUCAGGGCGCGUCCCAAGUGCGCCGCCACCGCGACGCGGGACGACGCGUCGCCGCGGAUCCCCCCCGCGCGGAGUGGUGGGCCGCACGGGCACGGGCAUGGCCAUCACCACCACUCUUCGCGGCCGAGGCCUGCAUCGGAUGGCGCGCGGAGCGGACACCCAUCUAGUGCUCGCGUGAGAUAGCCCCCAGGGCCCAACAUGUGGCGGAGUUUGCACUUUUUGGCCCAAUUUUUUCUGUCUGGGGCUUAUCCUUUGCGGAUUGGAGUUGGCCCAAAUGCUGGUCGGCUAAAGGCAGAUAGUGCUUUACUUGAAGCGAGAACUACAGCUUGUGUUGUGGGGAUGAGUUGAAAGGAUACAGGAGUAGUGACAGUUUUACACAUGUCAUCGUUGACCCUUGUUCAGCUUAAAGUAGACCUGAACGCGAAGCACGUGACUAUAAAUCGUGUGCUGGAUUUCUGUCUAUUAAAAGGGAAGUUGUGGCAUACCGUAUAUGAAAAUGUUCCAGCUAUCGCUGAAGUGAAAAUGUUUCAACCACUGAAAUGGUGAAACGUAAU